AUGGCGCCCCGACGACCCUCCCCAACGCCGUCCGAGAAUGAGGUUGACAUUGGAGCCUCGUUGUUUGGAAAUAAUGCUGGGUCAGAGUCAGACCGAUCAGAGGCCGGACAGGCUAAUAUACCUAAUGAUGACCUCGAUGUCAUGGCAGAAGGCUCUGGCGAGGACGAUGAAGCCAUAAUUGCCGCACAACUGGUUGCGUCGAACCGAAAAUCCUCAAAUCUAAAGGGCCGAACGGUGAAGAAAGGCGGAGCGUUUCAAUCUAUCGGCCUUAAUGCCAAUCUACUCAAAGCUAUAACUCGAAAAGGCUUCUCAGUACCUACACCUAUUCAGCGGAAAACGAUUCCUCUACUCCUCAAUGACAAGGAUGUUGUUGGCAUGGCAAGAACAGGCUCAGGCAAAACAGCCGCAUUUGUAAUCCCUAUGAUUGAGAAGCUGAAGGUACACAGCCAAAGAGUAGGCGCAAGAGGGCUGAUCAUGUCACCGUCAAGAGAGUUGGCUCUACAGACAUUACAAGUCGUCAAAGAGCUGGGACGAGGGACCGAUCUAAGAUCAAUCCUGCUGGUUGGCGGCGAUAGUCUGGAGGAGCAGUUUUCAGCCAUGGCGACCAAUCCGGACAUUAUCAUUGCCACGCCUGGACGGUUCUUGCAUCUAAAGGUCGAAAUGGGCUUGGAACUUUCAAGCAUGAAAUACGUGGUAUUCGAUGAGGCUGACAGACUCUUCGAAAUGGGUUUUGCUGCCCAGCUCACUGAAAUUCUCCAUGCCCUUCCAGCAAACCGACAGACUCUACUAUUCUCAGCCACUCUGCCAAAGUCACUAGUCGAAUUUGCAAGGGCAGGUCUACAAGAUCCUGUCCUUGUCAGACUUGACGCUGACAGCAAAAUCUCACCAGAUCUGCAAAGUGCAUUCUUCUCAUUAAAAUCUUCAGAAAAGGAGGGUGCUCUUCUACACCUUCUCCAGGAUGUGAUCAAAGUGCCUACUCAAUCUCAACUGAUCACAUCUGUGGCCACUACAGAGCCAACCAAAUCAGGCAAGAAGAGGAAGCGAAUUGAAUCGGAUGAAAAAAUUUUACCUAGUUCGAAUCCCUUCUCAACAAUUGUUUUCGCCGCGACGAAGCACCACGUUGAAUAUCUGGCCCAGUUAUUGCGUAUGGCAGGCUACGCUGUUUCAUAUGUCUACGGUUCCCUUGACCAGACUGCUCGAAAGACCCAGGUACUUGCAUUCCGGACAGGGCAAAGCAAUAUCCUCGUCGUUACAGACGUCGCUGCUCGAGGUAUUGAUAUUCCGAUCCUCGCUAAUGUGAUCAACUACGAUUUCCCCUCACAACCCAAGGUAUAUGUUCAUCGUGUAGGCCGAACAGCUCGGGCUGGACAAAAAGGUUGGAGUUACAGCAUGGUACGAGAUUCGGAUGUUCCGUACCUAUUGGAUCUUCAAUUAUUUCUUGGAAGGAAGCUGUCGGUAGGACGAGCAGAAACAGAGACAGUCAACUUUGCUCAAGACGUUGUUCUGGGUGGCCUUCGUCGUGAAGAUAUACAGAGCAGCUCUGAGUGGGUUUCCAAAAGCCUGGAAGAUAGUGUGGAUCUUGCAUCCUUGAAGUCUGUCGCAGUUAAGGGCGAGAAACUAUAUCUCCGAACACGAAACGCUGCGUCAUCUGAGAGUGCAAAGAGGUCCAAGGAAGUCGUUGGAUCGAAAGAGUGGUCGGAACUACACCCAUUAUUCAAUAAUCAAUCGGAUAAUCUAGAAGCCGAGAGGGAGAAAAUGCUCGCAAGAGUAGGUGGCUUUCGUCCUCAGGAAUCCAUAUUCGAGGUGAGUGCGAGACGUGGUGGUCGGAAGAAUAAUGAAGAAGCAGUCGACGCAAUUCGCAAGAUCCGGGGCGGACUUGAGACUCGCAAACAAAAGACACUCGACACUACUCGACAUCGCCAGAAGGAGGACCUUGAGGACGACAACCCCGUCCAAAGGCCUCAGAACGGCAACUCCCAAAACGGGGCUGGCGACGACUCAGACAUUGAAACCAAUGACGCCCUCUCAGAAGCCUCCUCCGCCGACCUAGAAGUAACAUUCAGCCAACCGUACGCAAAGAAAUCCAAAACCAACAGCGCCAAAACCUCAUACCGCGACCCCGAAAACUUCAUGUCCUACCUCCCCACAUCCACAUCUUUCAACGACGACAAAGCUUACGGCGUCCAUUCCGGCGGAACCUCUAAUUUCACCAGCGCCGCCCGCCACGUGACGAUGGACCUCGCCGGCGACGAAUCCGGCAAGAACUUCGGCGAAGCGCGGGGCGUGAUGCGGUGGGACAAGCGGCACAAGAAAUACGUGCGGCGCGAGAAUGAUGAGGACGGCAGCCGCAACAGCGGGGCGAAGCGGCUCGUGCGCGGCGAGUCCGGCGCGAAGAUCGCCAGCUCCUUCAAGAGCGGCCGCUUCGAGAAGUGGCGGAAGGCGAAUCGCGUCAGUCACGUGCCGCGGGUCGGCGAGGCGGAGAAGAACAAUGCUGGCAAUAAUAAUGAUGCCGGUGGUGGUGGGAAUGUUAGUCUGAGCGGUGGCGGUGGGAAGCGCUUCAAGCACAAGCGCACCGCGAUGCCCAAGACACCAGACAAAUUGCGCGCGGACUUUGAGACGCAGAAGAAGAAAUCGGCAGGUGCGAGAGAGCGCUCGGCUGUGCAGUUGGGCAACAGUCGCGAGAUCAAGAGUGUGGAUCACACGGUCAAGGAGAGGAGGAAGAAGGAGCAGAGGCGGGAGAAGAAUGCUAGGCCCAUGCGAAAGAGGAAGUAG